GACAUACCGUUCUUCAUGAUCGGCGUGGUGUUUGCUUGGACUUACGUGAUAACUGCUUUUCUAAGCGUCUUGGCACAAUCUAUCGGGCUAAAGAAUGGUUAUCACAAUAGAGAUCCAAGACCUUAUAAAUCGAUGCUUAGAGGUGCAUUGUCUAGAACGGUGGCUGCACAUCAGGUCGCUUUGGAAAAUGCACCGGCAUUUUUCGCUGCAGUUAUUGUUGCGUCAGCAAAUAAG